UGCCAAGACAUCACGAACAGUUUACAAAUAUGUCGACUUAAUAAUCUGAAGUGAACCAAAUGGCUAACGUGGUUGAUAUAUUAUUUCCCUCGUUUAAUUCACGCGUUUUCUGUGUUUUACUGUUCAUUUCGUGGGCUCACACUCAAAACAUUGUCGUUUUCCAGCCGUCGUAUCUGACCACGACUGGACCGACGGUCACUGCGCUUUUGCUCGGAAACACGUCGGACAUCUCUCUGAAUCUGAGGACGGUAUCUCCUAACAAUAAAACAGGAAGCAUUGGUUCUCCAUCCUGUGUAGCUGAGGUAACACAGUGGGUGCUCACAAGGGAGCAGGUGGGAAAGACUGCAGUUCGAGUUCAUCUGAGACUGGAUAAAAAUCUGCGUUUGUGUGGCGAGAAUGAGACAGACACAGAUUGCUGUUCGAAGCCACUGUGUGUCCUGGAGACCCUCCAGGUGUCUGCCUGUGUGGGCAACACACCUCAGGCAUCAAUGCUGAUCCAGGCCAAGAUACAUGCCCUCUUGGUGCCUGCUAAUGCUGGAUCUGAUAAUAAGACAGUCAUUCCAAACCAAGUGUACCAAACACUGGGCUCUUGUCCCUGUGACCUCACUUUUAGAGCAUGUGAUGUACGCUGCUGCUGUGACAAGGACUGUUCUGUUGAAGAGUUGAAGCUGUUUGUGUCCCACUGUCUCCCGGGGCCUUUUGGUGGACAGGUCUCUCCAGCACCAGAUUAUCAGUGCUCUGUGCAGUCCUCUGAAAACUCCCCAGAUUGGUUUCCAUUUUUAUGUGUCAAUUCUCCAGCUGAAAACAACCCUUACCUUGGGCUCUUUUAUCAGGGAGACACAAUUGCAUCUAAGCCUGGCCCAUCCUUCCAAAGGCCCGAUAUGUCAGCUCCAGUGCCAGUUAAUGUUUAUGUUCAAGGAAGUCCCAUUUUCACAUCAAAAGACCAGUACUUCACUAUUCCCCAGAAGGUGCUCGGGCGGUGUGUAAACAGUGCCCCUGUAGCAUUUUUGAACAAUUUCAACGUCAAGUGUGUAACUCUGCUACACUCUUGUCCAACUGGACCCCCCCUACAGACACUACCAACAGAUUUGAGGAUUAAAGUGAAGAAUGGGCAAGGGGGGGAUGUUACAGUGGAUGUGAUUGAUGAAGUGGCCACUGACCUCGGUCAGUUUAUUUCAAGCACAGAUGCUGUUGCCUCUUCAGAUGAGCAGCUGGUAUGUGGGAAUGUGACCUUAGCACUGGAUUACAAAUUCUACUGGAAAGGAAAUGGCAUCACAAGUAUCACACUGACACAAACUGUUGGGACCAUCGCCUUCAAUAGUAGUGUGGCGUUAACUACAAGGUAUUCAGUCGAGUUUCUAAAUGGAGAAUUCGUGAGUGAGCCCAACUCAGGGAACCCAGGUUAUCAGGUGGGAAGGCCAGUUAUUGGUGGAAUUGUGGACACUUUGGGCAAUAACACAGGAACAAUACAGAGGACGUCAAUCAAUUUUUGGAAACCAGUGAGUAAUGGACUCUGUUCCACUGCUGAGAAGACACAAAUUCUGUUUGGGGAGAAUUCAACAUCAGGAUGUCUGCUACCGGUCAGCCAACAGAAUAUGACUCAGUGUAAUCUCCUGAGAGAGACUGUUGCUUCUCUCCAGGCAGCUUUGAUUACAGCUACAUAUGUGGCAAAGAGUGGAAACCCAGAUCCUCUAACUAUGACAGACUGGGUGAACAUCAGCUCAUAUAUAUAUAUUCCAGUUGUGACACAGAACUCAAGCACCGCUAUGGAAGACACCACAAGUUCAUGCUAUGGGAUUCAAUCCCAUCAGCAUAUCCAUGUUUGGAGUCUUAUCACUGGCAUGGUAGAUGGCAUACCUCAAAGGGAUAUCCGUGCUUUGCAAGUCAGCUACAGCCUGUCCUCCUGGGCACUGGAUUGUGGAGGAGGUGAUAUCUCUCGCUGUGUGGACCCAUUGGAGACUCAGUUGUUUCCCAUCACCUCCUCGGUCACCUUUACGGACAUUCCUAUCAACACAGGACUACCAAAGACCAGGUUUCAGAUCAACUUCACAGAGUAUGAUUGUGACAGGAAUGAUGUGUGUUGGCCUGAGCUCGCCUUCCCCAUCACCAAGUAUUACACAGGUGAGCCAUACUCUCAGUCACUGGCUAAAGGCCUUAUCUUGGUUUUCUUCUUCAUCACUGCCUCGAUUCUUGGGACUCCAUGGAGACAAAUCCGACAGGCAUGGAACUAAAAAGUCUCUAAAACCCUGAGAAAAGUCUGAGAACAAUGUCGAGGCAGACAAAGAGAUCGAUGGAUAAAGGGAGAGGAAGAAGUUAAACAAAUAUAUUGUUUAUAAUAUAGCUUUAACAUGUUUGUAAUAUGUGUGUGAGAAUGUAAAUAGUUGUAUUGGUGCACCAUUUUGCAAUAAAAAUAUUUUUUCUAUGA